AUGGCUGCCACCUCCGUCUCCAAGGCCCUCGAAGGCUUGACCGUGUCCAAGACCAAGGAGUUGAAAGGUACCGAGAAACGAGACGCUUUGAUUGCAAUUGAAAAGAAGUACCAAGUCCAGUGGGAGCAAGAUGGAGUCUUUCAACCCGAUGCUCCUUCGACCAAGGAGAUUCCUCUUCACACGAUAUCCGCCGCCGAGCUUCGCGAGAAAUACCCCAAGUUUUUUGGAACCAUGGCCUACCCUUACAUGAACGGUACCCUGCACGCUGGCCACUCCUUCUCCAUGUCCAAGAUUGAGUUCACUGCCGGUUACGCCCGUAUGCAGGGCAAGCGAGUCCUGUUUCCCAUGGGUUUCCACUGCACCGGUAUGCCGAUCAAGGCUUGCGCCGACAAGCUCGUGAACGAGGUCAAGCUGUUUGGCCAAGAGUUUGAAAACUACAAGGAGGAAGAGUCCGUUAUUGAGGAAAAGCCCGUCGCCCCUCCCAAGGGCGCAAAGGAGGACCCGACCAAGUUCAAGGCUACCAAGAGCAAGGCCACAGCCAAGGCCGUCAAGAUGAAGUAUCAGUUCCAAAUUAUGCAGGCGAUUGGUAUUCCUCUCCAGGAAAUCCACAAGUUUGCCGACCCGCAGUACUGGCUCGAGUUCUUCCCGCCUCUGUGCCGCCGAGACCUGACCAACUUUGGUGCUCGUAUCGAUUGGAGAAGAUCCUUCGUCACCACCGAUGCGAACCCCUACUACGACGCCUUUGUGCGCUGGCAAAUGAAUCGUCUCAAGGAGUUGAACAAAAUCAAGUUCGGCAAGCGUUACACCAUCUACUCCAUCAAGGAUGGCCAGCCCUGCAUGGACCACGACAGAUCAGAGGGUGAGGCUGUCGGCCCUCAGGAAUACACUGCUCUCAAGCUGAAGGUCCUGGAAUGGGCACCCAAGGCUGGGGAGACUCUUAAGGGCAAGAUCCCUGCCAGCGGAAAUGUCUUCAUGGUACCCGCCACUUUGAGGCCAGAGACCAUGUACGGACAAACGUGCUGUUUUGUCGGUCCCAAGAUCACCUAUGGUAUUUUCAAAGCCUCUGAGAACGAGUACUUCCUGGUGACAGAACGCGCUGCUCGCAACAUGGCGUACCAGGGUGUUUUUGCAACCGAAGGAAAGGUUGAGAAGGUUGCCGAGAUUCAAGGUUCUGACCUUAUCGGAACCCUUGUGAACGCUCCCCUCUCUCUUCACAAGGAGGGUGUUCGCGUCCUCCCCAUGGAGACUGUGCUCCCUACCAAGGGAACCGGUGUUGUCACGUCGGUGCCUUCUGACAGUCCCGAUGACUUUGCAACCGUGACCGACCUUGCCAAGAAGGCCGAUUACUAUGGAAUUCAGAAGGAGUGGGCUGAAUUUGAGAUCUUCCCCAUCAUUGACACACCAACAUACGGAGACCUUUGCGCUCCUACCUUGGUCAAGCAGAUGAAGAUUGCUUCGCCCAAGGAUACCAAGCAGCUGGAGGAGGCCAAGGAGCUCGCAUACAAGGAGGGUUUCUACCAAGGUACCCUGAAGGUGGGCGAGUUCAAGGGAGAAAAGGUCGAGUCGGCCAAGCCCAAGGUCAGGCAACAGCUGAUCGAUGCCAGAGAGGCCUUUGCCUACUCGGAGCCCGAGCGCAAGGUCGUCAGUCGAUCAGGCGACGACUGCAUUGUGGCGCUUAUGGACCAAUGGUACCUCGACUAUGGUGAGGAGUCAUGGAAGAAGACUGCCCUUGAGUGGGUUGCCAACACUGACGGCAAGGGUCUCAACACCUACACUGGCGAGACAAAGAACCAGUUCGAGGGUGUCCUCAACUGGCUUAACCAAUGGGCAUGUGCCCGAACCUAUGGUCUUGGUUCGAAGCUCCCGUGGGACCCUCAAUUCUUGGUUGAGAGUUUGAGUGACAGCACCAUCUACAUGGCCUACUACACUGUUGCGCACAUUCUCCACAAGGACAUCUUUGGACGCGAGAAGGGCACUGGCAGCAUUGGCGCCGAGCAGAUGAGCGAUGAAGUUUGGGACUACAUUUUCUGCAGAAGGGAGCUUGGUGACGACGUUCUUACCGGCUCCGGGAUCCCCAAGGAGACCCUUGAGGCCAUGCGUCGUGAGUUUGAGUACUUCUACCCGAUGGACCUCCGAGUCUCUGGAAAGGAUCUGAUCCCCAACCACCUGACUUUCUUCCUCUACAUCCACCUUGCAAUCUUCCCGCCAGAGUACUGGCCCAAGGGCGUCAGAGCCAACGGUCACUUGACCCUGAAUGGAGAGAAGAUGAGCAAAUCGACCGGUAACUUUAUGACCUUGGACGAUAUGCUCAAGAAGUAUGGUGCUGAUGCGACACGUAUCGCUCUUGCCGAUGCCGGUGAUGGUGUUACCGACGCAAACCUUGAGGAGGAUGUCGCUGACAACAAUGUCCUGCGUCUGUUCAACCUCAAGGAAUGGUGUGAGGAAAUUGUCAAAGACCAGGACCAGCUCCGAACUGGCGAGCUCAACUCGUUCCAAGAUGCCCUGUUCAACAACGAAAUCAACGCUCUCGUCGCCGAGGCGCAGAAGCACUACGAGAACACUGAUUACAAGCUUGCUCUCAAGGCUGGUCUGUAUGACUUUACAAAUGCCCGUGACUUUUACCGUGAGGCUUGCAACUCCGCGGGUAUCAAGCUGCACAAAGACCUCGCUCUUCGCUACAUUGAGCUCCAGGCUCUCCUGUUGACCGUGGUAGCACCGCACUGGUCAGAAUACAUUUGGCUCGAGGUUCUCAAGAAGCCCGAGACCGUCCAGAAUGCUCUAUUCCCCACUGUUCCCGCCACGGACGCCGGUCUUUCGGCCGCACGCGAAUAUGUCCGCGCUACUUCAUCAAACGUCAACUCGGCCGAACAAACUCAGCUCAAGAAGAAGGCCAAGGGCAAGGAGACGGCAUUCGACCCCAAGAAGCCUAAGAAGCUCUCCAUCUUCGUGACCGACCGCUUCCCUGCCUGGCAGGAGAAGUACAUUGACCUCUUGAAGGAGGAGUGGGAUCCUGCUAGCAAGACCUUCAAGGACGAGAAGGGAUUGAGCGGCAAGGUUGGUAAGAUGGGCGAGAUGAAGAAGGCAAUGCCGUUUGUGCAAAACCUCAAGCGACGUCUUCAAGUCGGCGAGCCUGCAGACAAGGUCCUCGAUCGUAAGCUAGCCUUUGAUGAGCUACACAUUCUCAAGGCCAUGAUUCCGGCUCUCAAGAAGACUGCCGGCCUCAAGAGCAUCGAGGUCAUCCUAGUGGAAGAGGGUGGCAAGAAGGGCAAGAUUGUUGCUGGUGAUGGUGAGGGUGAAAGAGAGGGCCUGCCGCCACAGGCUGAAAGUGCUGUGCCCGGUGCGCCAAACUUUGCUUUUGAGAACGUGGAAUGA